CUUUCAUUGAUUUUUUAUCUCGUAUGUUGUGUCACCACAUUUCAGCCAUAUUCGUUUUCCAUCUACUGUUGUGAUUAAGUGUAACACUCAGUGAUUCACUGUAGAAUCGUGGGCUGUUAUUUACUACAUCUGUCAGGAGAUUUAUCAGAACCAGAAAGCUUAAGAAGUCAUCAUGGCAGCAGGGCCUUAUAAUUAUUCUUACAUCUUUAAGUAUAUCAUUAUAGGAGACAUGGGGGUGGGAAAGUCAUGUCUUUUACAUCAGUUCACAGAGAAAAAAUUCAUGGCAGAUUGCCCUCACACUAUUGGAGUAGAAUUUGGCACCCGAAUUAUCGAAGUCUCUGGGCAGAAGAUUAAACUUCAGAUUUGGGACACAGCUGGUCAGGAAAGGUUUCGAGCAGUGACUAGGAGCUAUUACAGGGGAGCUGCAGGGGCACUUAUGGUUUAUGACGUUACCAGAAGGAGUACUUAUAAUCAUUUAAGCAGCUGGCUAACAGAUGCAAGAAAUUUGACAAAUCCGAAUACUGUGAUCUUCCUUAUUGGUAACAAGAGUGACUUAGAAGGCCAGAGAGAUGUAACAUAUGAAGAAGCCAAACAAUUUGCUGAAGAAAAUGGUUUGAUGUUUGUAGAAGCUAGUGCAAGAACUGGACAAAAUGUAGAAGAAGCUUUUCUUGAAACAGCUAAGAAGAUUUAUCAAAAUAUCCAAGAUGGAAGUCUGGACCUUAAUGCAGCAGAAUCAGGGGUACAACACAAACCCUCAGCUCCUCGAACUCUUAAUAGUGAUCAACUGCCCAACAAAGAAAGCUGUACAUGUUAAUAGUGUU